CAAGUGUUGGUCCCAAGAUCUGACGGUCCAGAUCGUUGGAUUAUCUCUAGAACUGUAGAUUCCGUUCUCUUUGUUGAAUUCCAAUCGACGUUUCCACAAUUCUACGGGCGACAGACCGAUAAUACCGUCGGAGGAAAGAAUCGAAGCCGAACAACGGCCGAAAUUUGACGCGCAGAUCUAGGCUUUCAGAUUGCCUUGACCAGACUCUUUGAGGAGUAGUUUCUCUGACUCUCUGGGCUCUGAAAUCCUGCAGCUUUGAAAUAUAAAUUCCAAGGGCUUUCGCAACUUCUGGAGCUCACAACCCACGGCGGUGGAUCCGAUGCCAUGAGUCUGAGACAGCGCCCAGCCGCAGCGGCCGCUCACGGGGGUGGUCCUAACCCUGGCUCCGCCUACAGUUCUACACUACCACACGCUAACGAUUCUGAAGAGACCUUCAACAUCAUCCCCGUCCACAACCUACUGGCUGAUCACCCCUCUCUCCGCUACCCUGAAGUCCGAGCUGCUGCCGCCGCUCUCAAAACCGUCGGCGAGCUCCGCAAACCCCCAUUCGUCCAAUGGCGCGAGGGGAUGGACCUUCUCGACUGGCUUGGCGCCUUCUUUGGCUUCCAACACGAUAACGUCCGCAACCAGAGAGAACACUUUGUGCUUCAUCUUGCCAAUGCCCAAAUGCGCCUUCAACCCCCUCCAGACAACAUCGACUCCCUCGACUACACCGUCCUCCGCCGCUUCCGUCGCAAACUCCUCAAGAAUUACACCCACUGGUGCUCUUACCUCGGCCGUAAAUCCAAUAUCUGGAUCUCCGAACGCCGCCAAGCCCCGUUGGAUCAACGGCGCGAGCUUCUCUACACAUCCCUUUACCUCCUCAUCUGGGGUGAAGCCGCCAAUCUUCGCUUUGUUCCUGAAUGCAUCUGCUACAUAUUCCACCACAUGGCCGGGGAGCUUAAUAAGAUUCUCGAAGAUUACAUAGAUGAAAACACCGGCCGCCCUGUUCUUCCUUCAAUAUCUGGUGAAAACGCGUUCCUGAACCGGGUUGUUACUCCUAUCUACGAGACAAUUAAGGCUGAGGUUGAGAGCAGCCGUAAUGGCACUGCCCCUCAUUCGGCUUGGAGAAACUACGAUGAUAUUAAUGAGUACUUCUGGAGCAACCGCUGCUUCCAACGGCUCAAGUGGCCGAUCGAUGUUGGUAGCAACUUCUUUGUGGUUAAGGGUAAGAGCAAGGGUGUGGGCAAGACGGGUUUUGUUGAGCAGAGGUCAUUCUGGAAUAUCUUUCGAAGUUUUGAUAGACUCUGGAUUAUGCAUAUACUGUUUCUCCAGGCUGCCAUUAUUGUUGCGUGGGAGGGCAAGAAGUACCCAUGGACAGCGUUGGAAAGCCGUGAUGUUCAGGUACGGGUGCUCACCGUUUUCAUCACAUGGGGAGGUCUUCGUUUCCUUCAGUCGCUGCUUGAUGCUGGUACACAGUACAGUUUGAUCUCAAGGGAGACUUUGGCACUUGGACUGAGAAUGGUUCUAAAGAGCAUUGCUGCCGCUGUAUGGACUGUUGUGUUUGGUAUCUUCUAUGGGAAUAUAUGGUCACAGAGGAAUCAUGAUCGUAGGUGGUCUGCAGAAGCAAAUCGUAGGGUGGUGACUUUCCUCGAGGCUGCGUUUGUCUUUAUACUCCCAGAGCUGCUAGCAUUGGCACUUUUCAUUCUCCCAUGGAUUAGGAAUUUCCUUGAGGGUAAAAAUUGGAGGAUUUUCUAUGUAUUGACUUGGUGGUUUCAGAGCAGAACCUUCGUAGGUCGAGGCCUUAGGGAAGGGCUUGUGGACAACAUAAAGUAUACCUUGUUCUGGGUUGUGGUUCUUGCUUCAAAGUUCACCUUUAGUUACUUCCUCCAAAUCAAGCCUAUGGUUGCUCCGACUAAGGCUGUUUUGAACCUCAGGGGUAUUCAAUACAAUUGGCAUGAAUUUUUUGGUAACACAAACAAGCUGGCUGUGGGGUUGUUGUGGCUUCCAGUGGUUUUCAUUUACCUCAUGGAUUUGCAGAUUUGGUACUCAAUCUUUUCUUCUUUUGUUGGGGCAACGGUUGGGUUAUUCUCACACUUGGGUGAGAUUCGGAAUAUCCAGCAGCUGAGGCUAAGGUUCCAGUUCUUUGCAAGUGCGAUGCAGUUUAAUCUCAUGCCACAGGAACAACUGUUGAAUGCAAGAGGGACGCUGAAGAGCAAACUGAAUGAUGCCAUUCAUCGACUGAAGCUGCGCUAUGGGCUAGGCCGGCCUUACAGGAAGAUUGAGUCGAACCAGGUGGAGGGAUACAGGUUUGCCCUGUUGUGGAAUGAAAUCAUUGAAACUUUCAGGGAAGAGGAUAUCAUAAGUGACCAAGAAUUGGAGCUAUUGGAACUGACGCCAAACACAUGGAACAUAAGGGUCAUACGUUGGCCAUGUUUACUCCUAUGCAAUGAGCUGCUUCUUGCUCUCAGUCAGGCAAAGGAAUUGGUGGAUGCACCUGAUAAAUGGGUUUGGUAUAAGAUUUGCAAGAACGAGUACAGGCGGUGUGCUGUUGUGGAAGCUUAUGAUAGUAUCAAGCACAUGCUCCUUGACAUUGCCAAAGAUAGAACUGAUGAGCAUUCCAUUCUUACAAACAUCUUUCAUGAGAUUGAUCAUGCACUUCAGAUUGAGAAGUUCACAAAGACGUACAAGACAACUGCAUUGCCUCAGAUACACACUAAAUUGAUAUCUCUCGUGGAGCUCCUAACAAAGCCUAAGAAAGAUGUAACCAAGGUGGUGACAGUAUUGCAGGUCCUUUAUGAGAUAUAUAUCAAAGAUUUCCCAAAGGAGAAAAGGACCAUGGAGCAGCUGAGAGAGGAUGGCUUGGUGCCUCUGAGACACACAGAGUUGCUUUUUGAGAAUGCUAUCCAGUUGCCUGAAACUGAGGAUUCUUCGUUUUAUCGGCAGGUGCGUCGUUUGAAGAUUAUUCUUACAUCUAGGGAUUCAAUGAACAAUAUCCCUAAGAACCUUGAGGCAAGGCGGCGCAUAGCCUUUUUUAGCAACUCUCUUUUCAUGAACAUGCCCCAUGCUCCCCAGGUUGAGAAAAUGAUGGCCUUCAGUGUUCUGACCCCUUACUACAAUGAGGAAGUCCUAUUCAGCAAAGAGCAACUGCGGACUGAAAAUGAAGAUGGAAUUUCUACUCUGUUUUAUUUGCAGAAGAUUUAUGAUGAUGAGUGGGCGAACUUCAUAGAGCGAAUGCACAGAGAGGGGAUGAAGAAUGAUGAAGAGAUUUGGACAAACAAGCUAAGAGACCUCCGUCUUUGGGCAUCUUGCAGAGGCCAGACACUCUCUCGCACUGUAAGGGGAAUGAUGUAUUACUAUAAAGCUCUCAAGAUGCUGGCUUUUCUGGAUUCUGCAUCUGAGAUUGACAUCAGAGAAGGAUCACAGGAACUUGCUUCUGUUGGAUCAAUGAGGCGAGAUGGCAUUAUCGAUGAUCUGGACUCGGGUAGGUCACCAUCUUCCCGAAGUUUGAGCAGGGCAAGUAGUGGGGCAAGUUUGUUAUUCAAAGGCCAUGAAUAUGCAACUGCUCUGAUGAAAUACACAUAUGUAGUUGCAUGCCAGAUAUAUGGGAGCCAAAAGGCAAAGAAGGACCCACAUGCUGAGGAGAUUUUGUAUUUGAUGAAAAACAAUGAAGCUCUUCGAGUUGCCUAUGUUGAUGAGGUUCAGACUGGGAGGGAUGGGAAGGAGUAUUACUCGGUUCUUGUAAAGUAUGACCAGGACUUACAAAAGGAGGUGGAAAUAUACCGGGUCAAGUUGCCUGGUCCCUUGAAGAUUGGAGAGGGUAAACCAGAGAAUCAGAACCAUGCUUUCAUUUUCACUCGUGGUGAUGCAGUUCAGACGAUUGACAUGAACCAGGACAACUAUUUUGAGGAGGCCCUCAAGAUGCGGAAUCUAUUGGAGGAAUACAACACCUACUAUGGUAUCCGGAAACCCACUAUCUUGGGAGUCCGCGAGCACAUUUUCACUGGUUCUGUCUCUUCACUUGCUUGGUUCAUGUCUGCUCAAGAAACAAGCUUUGUUACCUUAGGGCAGCGUGUCCUUGCAAACCCUCUCAAGGUGCGAAUGCAUUAUGGGCACCCUGAUGUGUUUGAUAGAUUCUGGUUCUUGACUCGAGGUGGCAUUAGUAAGGCUUCCAGAGUGAUUAACAUAAGUGAAGAUAUAUAUGCUGGCUUCAAUUGCACAUUACGGGGUGGAAAUGUAACACACCAUGAGUAUAUCCAGGUAGGUAAGGGAAGAGAUGUUGGGUUAAAUCAGAUAUCAAUGUUUGAGGCUAAGGUUGCUAGUGGCAAUGGAGAGCAGGUUCUCAGCAGGGAUGUCUACCGGUUAGGCCAUAGGUUGGAUUUCUUUCGGAUGCUUUCAUUCUUCUACACUACUGUGGGUUUCUAUUUUAACUCAAUGAUGGUAGUUCUUACUGUCUAUGCCUUUCUAUGGGGCCGUCUUUAUCUGGCUCUCAGUGGCAUAGAGAAGUCUAUGCUUCAAAGUUCAAAUAACAAUAAAGCACUGGGUACAAUCCUAAAUCAGCAGUUCAUUAUUCAGCUAGGUCUAUUCACAGCUCUCCCCAUGAUAGUAGAAAUUUCUCUUGAGCAUGGCUUCCUUAAUGCAAUCUGGGAUUUCUUGACAAUGCAGCUCCAGCUUUCCUCUGUGUUUUACACAUUCUCUUUGGGGACUCGUACCCAUUUCUUUGGCAGGACCGUUCUUCAUGGUGGUGCAAAGUAUCGAGCCACUGGGCGUGGUUUUGUUGUACAGCACAAGAGUUUUGCUGAGAACUAUAGACUCUAUGCCCGCAGCCAUUUUGUGAAGGCGAUUGAGCUUGGAGUGAUUCUGACGAUUUAUGCUUCAUACAGCUCCCUUGCCAAGGACACUUUUGUUUAUAUAGCUAUGACAAUCUCUAGUUGGUUCUUGGUAGUAUCAUGGAUCAUGGCACCUUUUGUGUUCAACCCUUCUGGAUUUGAUUGGUUGAAGGCUGUAUAUGACUUUGAUGAUUUUAUGAACUGGAUAUGGUAUCGUAGUGGUGUUGGCACCAAAGCAGAUCAGAGCUGGGAGACAUGGUGGUAUGAAGAGCAGGAUCAUCUUAGAACCACUGGUCUAUGGGGAAAAUUAUUGGAGAUAAUCUUGGAUCUCCGCUUCUUCUUUUUCCAAUAUGGGAUUGUAUACCAGCUAGGCAUUUCUGAUGGAAAUAGAAGCAUCGGUGUUUACUUGCUAUCAUGGAUUGGCAUAAUUGUGCUCAUAGGGGCUUAUUUGAUAAUAGCCUAUUCUCGGGACAUAUAUGCAGCAAAAAGACACAUCUAUUACCGGCUGGUUCAAUUCCUUGCUGUUGUGAUUACAGUAGUUGUCAUCGUUGUCUUGCUGGAAUUCACACAUUUUAAGUUUAUUGAUAUUUUCACAAGCUUGUUGGCAUUUAUCCCUACAGGUUGGGGACUAAUAUCCAUUGCUCAGGUACUGAGGCCCUUUCUUCAGUCCACUGUAGUUUGGGAGGUUAUAGUCUCUAUUGCCCGCAUGUACGAUAUACUUUUUGGAGUAAUUGUUAUGGCCCCUAUGGCACUGCUGUCAUGGAUGCCUGGAUUCCAGUCUAUGCAGACAAGAAUCCUCUUUAAUGAAGCAUUUAGUAGGGGCCUUCAGAUAUCUCGCAUCCUAACAGGGAAAAAAUCUAAUGAGAAGCUGUAAUUUGAGGGUGUGAAUUGAACAAGGGUGCGGAUACAGUUACAAUCCUGUGCCCUCACAGCCAGGUUUUGAAAUGGGAAUAGAUGCAUACAGCUUACGGGUUAAGAGGAUGGGGGCUUUUCUUGGUGUGCGAGGUUGGGGCUAUUCCUAGUUAUUGCCUUGUUGGAGGUUCUCAAGUGUUCAAUCAUACUGUGUUGGCUCCUAUUUGUAUUUCUUUCCAAUUUCGUGGAGGGAAAGCAAACGCUGUGGAAUCGUUGUUCUUGUACCCUGUGGUCAUUCCAUAAUAAAGCAUUGGUGAUAUUUUAAUGUGUUUUGGACAAUUUCUACAUUGCCUGAAAGACACUGAAAUUCACAGUAACAUUUAUGCAGAUUAAGAGCGUGUUUAGUAUCAUUGCAUUGCGUGCUCCACAUCACCGCCACAUAGGUAGGGCUGCAUCUUGGGUUGGUAGCCAGAACCCAACGCCAACCUAACCUGAAAAAGUGGGGUUGGGUUGAAGUUUGGGUUAGGGGUGAUCAUGUGCCAGGCCGGGCUGGGCCUGAUUACGGGCCCACAUCAUUUAUGCAGGCCUAUGUAUAUGUAUGUAGGCAUGCGUGUGUACAUAAUAUGUGUAUAUGUAACUAUACAUUUACAAAUGUGUAUGACUGUAUGCAUGUAUUUAGAUGUCUCUCUAUCUACGUUA